AUGUCUGACACAUACGCUGAAGACUUUUUCGUCAUCAACCGAUGGAUUUUGAAAUGUGCCGGUAUGUGGAGGCCGGAAACCAAAAACGAAAAUAUCCGAAUUCUCUACACGGCCUACGUUACGGGAAUUUUUUUGUUCGUGAAUAUUUUUUUCACCGGCACGGAAUUCUUGAGUUUGAUUUCCACUUUUGGUCAUGAGUAUGAUUUCAUUAAAAACGUCAGUUUUCUUUUGACCCACCUCAUGGGUGCAGUAAAGGUAGUUUUCUUCUAUUUCUGUGGGGAUAAACUGAAAAAAAUUAUGUCGACGCUGGAAAAUUCAGAGCUCCGGUACGGAAGUUGUCCCAAAAAGGGAUUCUUUCCAGGGGCAAUAUCUGAAAGUUUCAAAAAGGUGGGCAUAAGGUACACCCUGCUAUUUUUCAUGUUGGCUCACGCCACUCUGAUGUCAUCUUACGUGCCACCUCUAAUAACGGCUGUCCGGCAUAUCGAGGGAAACCUGGAAAAACCUCUGCCAGAACGGUUGCCUUACUACAGCUGGAUGCCCUUCAGAUUUGAUACUGCGGGACUUUAUAUCAUAGCAUUAGGCUAUCAGGCUAUUCCCAUGUUUUCUUAUGCUUACAGUAUUGUAGGUAUGGAUACUCUGUUUAUGAAUAUGAUGAAUUGCAUUGGUAUGAAUCUGGAAAUAGUGCAAGGUGCAUUCCUCACAGUUCACGAAAGAGUGUCAGAAAACAUUAUAGGACCAUUACUUUCACCAGAUGGACUGUACAACUCAGAAAAGUUAAGGAUAGCUUUGAAUCAUGAGAUGAAGAAGAUCAGCAUACAUCUCCAAAUUAUUUAUGAGUAA